AUGACUUGCACGCACCAAUCACCUACAGCCAAUUCUAGUGCCAUUCCUCCGACCUCUUUGUUUUCACCUGGAAAACCACGCCAUGACAAUCGCUCAGCGCAAUGCCUGCCUUUCACAGAGACAGUCACAAGCACCCAUACCACUACAACCACAACCACAACCACAACCACAACAAUCACAGAUGCUAUCUCUGUGACAACCACCCCAAGAAAGUCUCCCCAGCUGGCCGUGGCAGGUCCUUAUGACUUGGAGAGUCCACAAUUACCACCCACCAUCAAAAACAAGCCGCCUGCCCAACCUCCUGCGUCACUCCAGAGGGUUGCUAUGUUGUCUGGGUUGGUCAAGAAGUGGGGAUCUUCUACACCUGGUGUUAGCGGUAAUAGGUAUAAGAAAUACAACAACUUUGAUGAGGCUCUCAGGAAAUAUAGAAGUAAGUAUGAGUUGGGUGCCGUUCGAGCGGUCCCAAUCCCUGGUGGUUGGUUCUGGUUGGAGGACCUCCAUUCCUAUGAUAAUGACCCAUACUCUGCUCUCACAGAACGUUCAUGGGAUGUGCUUGGGGCGUUAACUGAUCAAUUCAGCCAUGUCUUAUGA